AUGUCUUCGUUGGCUUCUUCGAUUUUACCUCCCAAGCUCGUCGGCGGCGGCGGCUACAACCAUUGUAUCUUUUCCUCCUCCGGCCGGUGUUAUCUUCUUCGGUCAGGCAUGGCGACCGAGACCUGCAAUUCGGAUUAUGAGCCACUCAGCAAGCAGCGGCGGACCCGUUCUCCCUUAAUCAGCAAGCUCGGGGACGAUCUCCUCUUAGAGGUUCUGAUUCGCCUCCCAAACCCAAGGUACGCCUGCCGGAGCAAAUCCGUCUGCAAGUUGUGGAGGUCUCUAAUCUCCGAUCCCGGCUUCAAUCGCCGGUUUGUUUCCCUCCACCAGAGCAUCAGCGAACAGCAACCACCCUUGCUCCUUCCCUCCGACGACCCACAAUCCAUCAUCGGGAGCUUUGUGCCCACGCCUCCUGGCUUGCGUUUAGUAGCUUUGGAUUCCUGCGGCGACUUGAUUCUGUGCGGAUUCCCUCUGAGGGAGGAGCACAUCACCACAAUUUGCAGAAUGUACAUCAUCUGCAAUCCUUUCACGAAGCAAUGGAUGCCCCUUCCUUUGGAGCCUCUGUGGCCAGAUGGGACUUCGGAAUUGGCUGCAAGGUUAGUCUGUGAACCCAGUAUUUCUAGCAAUCUCGAUCUAGGGGAUGGCCAGGUACACGUUUACUCCGAGUAUCGAUUCCGGGUGGUGUGUCUCUAUAACCAUGGGAAGGCCUUAAAGCUAGACGUUUUCUGUUCCGAGUAUGGAGAAUGGACCAAGGAGGCUCUUGUUGGGUUGGGAGAUCAGCCUUCGGAUGCUGAGAUGCCUAACUGUGCAGAAACUCUACUAUAUACCCAGUCAUCAACAGGUGCCUAA